AUGAUGUCGACUCGACGAUUAUCAAAAGCCAUGUCUUCUAAUUCACCUGUAUUAGGCAGACAAACUAAAACAACUUUAUUAGAAUCAAAAUCAUUUGAAUCGUGUAAUGAUCAAAAAAUAAUACCAACAACAUCAAAUAAAAAUAUAAAAAUAUUACCUAAUAAUCAAAUAAGUAGUAGUAGUAGUAACAAUAUCACAUUACAACGAUGGCAACGUGCUGCAAGUAGACUACUUCGUCAAAAUACAUCAUCAUCUGUUAGUGAGAUCAAAAUGACAACACCACCAUCAACGCCACGAUUAGGUGUAACGAAAUGUGAAUCAGUAGCAACGGAUAUUAAUGUCGAUGAACGUCCCGAAACGAAUGUAAAUUAUCUUCGACGAAAAUGUGAUGAAUGGUUACAAUCAGGUUUACCAAAAAUUCCUCAGUUUCAAACAAGUAUUGAUACAGAUAAAGAUUUAUCCAUCAAUAAAGAAUGGCAACCCUAUUUGACCGAGCAAGCGCGUUCGCAAAUGUCCGAGUCUAUCAAACUUCAACAAGAAGCCAUUUGGGAAUUGUUGUGUACAGAAGUAUCCUAUAUAAGGAAAAUACAGUUAGUGACGGAUGUUUUUAUGAGCUGUGUAUGGUGUUUAAAAAUGUCUAAUCGUGAUGGAUUAUUACAAGAUAUACAAAUUGAUAAAUUAUUUUGUAAUAUUCAGGAUGUUUUAAAUGCAAAUAUACAAUUUUGGAAACAAUAUUUAUUACCAAUAAAACGAAAAUUAGAACAAAUUGGAACAUGUAUGAAUCCAUCGGAUUUAAAAACCGGAUUUAUAAAGUUUGAUCAUGUAUUUAAACCGUAUUUAAACUAUGUUCUCAAUCAAAAAAUAUGUUCUGAAUAUUUUAAACAAAAAUUAUUGAAAGAUGAAUUAUUUCAACAAUUAAUUUCUUGGAUUGAAUCAAAUUUUACAUCACGAUUAUCAUUUCCAGAUUUAACAAUAAAACCAUUACAACGAUUAACAAAAUAUAAACUUUUACUUGAAGCUAUACAACGAAAAACGAGUGAUCAUCAACAACGAAUGGAUUUACAAGAUAUGAUCCAAAAAGUUGAAACAUAUGUAAAUAGAGUCAAUACAAAAUUAAAUAAUCAAGAACAAGAAGAACGUUUACGUCAGAUAAGUGAAAGAAUUGGUCAAUUUGAUAGUGUAUCAGCUCCUCCAGAAAUAUUACCGGUGUUACAAGAAUAUUAUCGUGAUACAUCAAAUCGAUUGGAUUUAUUACGUGAUAUGCCUCUAUUUGUUCGUGGUUAUAAACGUUCGAUAAUUCAACAAGGUCCAAUGAAAAUGAAAGAUUCCAAAGAUCGUCAAGAUGUUUACUGUUAUUUAUUUACGGAUAUGUUUUUAAUUACUAAAGGAGGUAAAAAAGGCGAUCAAAGAUAUUCAAAUAAUAAAAUAUUAAAACCACCAAUUCGUAUUGAUCGAAUCGAUGUUAAAGAAUAUGUUACACGAGAACCAAAUGCUCCUUAUUUUAUUGCCAUUGUCUUCAGUGAAUAUAAUCUAAUUGAAGGCGGCUAUUUAUUUCAAACAAAUUUAAGUAAACAAUGGAUUGAAAAUAUUCGAACAACUAAAAAUCGUUUUCAAAUAUUACUCGAUGAAUCUAAAAUGAAACUUCAACAUGCUCAUCUUUCAUCAAUACCAACUAAUACCACUAAUACUAGUCAUCAAAAUUUUGUAACAGACAUAAAUCCUCUAACAGUAACAAACACAAAUGCUUCUUCCUUAUUACCAUCUCUAUCGACAUCUACUUUACCCAGUUUAAGUAAUUUUUCAUCGCAGACAUCGUUAGAUGAAUCACGUUCAUCCACUAUUUUAAAAUUAGGUGGUUUAUCAAUGGAUAGUUCUACAACCGAUUAUUCACCAAAAUCAAAACGUGCUACACCACCAUUAUCAGAAGUUAAUCCAAAUUCUACCAGUACAUCUACAUCAUUAAAUUUAGAUUUAUUAGAACAGCAACAACAACAAUCAUCGGAUGAAUCAAAACCAUCGUUACAACAACAAACACGACGUAAUUCUCGUGGUGAUAGACGAAAUAAUUGUAAAGGAAGAUAUCAUACAGCCGAUGAAAUUUAUCAAAAAGAUGAAACACAUGAUAAUAAUAAUAGUGACAAUCAACCAACAAAACUUACAAUACCCAUUCAAAAACAACAUUCAUCCAUUCGUAAACGAAUGUCAUGGAAUAAUGGAUCACCAUCUAUUCUAAAAAAUCAACAUAAUUCAACGGUAAAUGAUUCACAAACAUUUUUAAGUUCAACAAAUUCAUUUCGAAGUGUACAAAGUUCAACAAGUGGUGUAAGUUCAAAUGGUUCAUUUCUAUUUUCUGCUGAUGAUAUGAUUGAUGAAAGUGAACAGAAAGAGAGAAAUAAUAGUCAAGAACAAGAUGAUGAACAACAGCAACAUGAAGAAGAUGAUUAUAUUGAUAAACAUUCAUCACUUGUCAAUAGUAGUGUAUCAGAAGAUAUUAAUAUAAACAACAGUAAUAAUAAUAAUGAUAAUGAUUCAUCAAAUCGUUUAUCCUCGUCAAGUUCAACACUUAGCUUUAACAGUACAGCAACAACAUUGUCGAGUAACAAUGUCAUCACAGAUCAUCAGUAUCCGUCAUCGACGACUUCUACAAACAAUGAUGAUCAACAGCAACAACGAAAAAGUAAAGUUUAUCAUAGUGAAACGCAAUUAUUACCUACCAAAAACGUUUUGUCAUCAUCAUCUGACCAACAAUCGCCUAAUUCUACAUGUUUCUCUAGUUUACCGUCUUCCACUUUGACAACUAUUCGGACGAGCAAUAACAAUACAAAAAGUGCACCAUUAACUGAAACAUCAUUAAUUCGUAGUCCAUUUCAAAGUGUUAAAAAAUGGCGAUCUCGUCCAGUAACGAAUAAUACCGGCGUAUGUAAAAUAUACGAAGAUAUGGGAAAUAGUCGUAAGUCACCACCGUCAAAAAUACAACAACCAUCACUCGACACUGUUAAUGUGAUAAAUGAUUAUACAUGUAUUGGUAGUAGCGGCAAUGAAAGUGACUAUGAUAAUCAUCAUCGAUGUAAUAGUGAUGCUUAUUAUCGAAAAGAUUAUUCAUCAAUAAAAAAAGUCCAGAUGAGACCAUCAUCAGCUACAGUGUGUCAAAUUCCAUCACAUAACAAUCGUUUUAUCCGUACUCAGACACCACAAAUGACAAAAUUAUGUAAACCAAAUUUAAGAUUGAUUUCCUCAUCACCUGUUAAAGAAACAAUUGAAGAAACAAUAACACAAUCAUCUACGCCACUUUCAAGUAGACAAUCAUCGAUCUUGUCAGAUACUCCAUCUUCAGAUGAUACAGAAUCAUUACAAUUUAAAAGUUUAGAUGAUUUAGUAUUAGGUGAUCAAAAUGAAAUUGUUCUGAUGAAUGAUGCAUUACGCGUAGAUGACAAUGAUUUUAUUUCUUUGUCACUCGAUGACAAUCAUGACGAUGAUGACGAAGAUGAAGAUACACAACAAAAUGAAGAUGACGAUGCUGUUAUUGCUACAGUGGAAUUAUUCGAUGAGGCAAGAGACACAAAUAUUAACGGUAGUUCAGAAUAUGAUACCGAUGAUGACUCAACGAUGAUAGCCCGUAUUAAAUCGAACUAUUCUACAAACACUAUUACAAAUGAGAACUCGGUGAAAAAUAUUGAACAGUCAGAUAUUUCUACAGUUGUUUCUGAUACAGUAUCCACCACCAACAAGACUAAUGAAGAUAAUAAUUAUAAAAUGAUAAAUAACAGUAGUACGAGUAGUCUACCACCGUCAACGAAUGUAACCGGUGAUAGACAUCCAUCACAUCAACGUUCUUCAAUAUUUGAUAAUAGCAGUCAACCAUCAUCAUCACAUUCAGCUAAUUUUAUUGAAUAUAGAAAAGAAACAAUUUCACCACGAAAGCUAUUAGAUAUUAGAUCUCAUUUAUUAUUAAAUACAACGUUAGAUGCAACGUAA